UAGUGUAGACACUAUCUGUCUAACUAAUGAGUGGGUCAGAUCCUGUUGAUGAUAGAGCUGACAACAGGAGACUAACACGUGCACGGGCACUAAGGGUACCGCACGUGUUUCAGGCCUUGGAGCCGGGAGAAGAAAGAAGGAUACGUAGAGCCCGUGCGCUAGCAGCGGGGAUAGCAGAAGCAAACAGAGCAGCAAAAGAGCAGGCAACAACAUGCAGAGCAGCUGCGAUGGCUAACGGCGCAAGCUCUGCUGCGUCAUCAUCUACGUCCUCGUCAGGGAACAGUGGGAUGAGUGUGGGAAUGCCAACUAGUUCCACAAGUUCCUCAUGCACUCCCGUUUCCACAGGCUCUAGUCAGUCUUCUAGUCAAAUGGCGGGUUCGCAGUUCAGCCCGUUGACCCCGCGUCAGAGGGAGCUCAAAGAGAUCGAGCAGGUCGAGAUGCUCCGCCGUAAGUUAGAGAAGGACCUGAAAGAUGCUACCGAUAGAGAAAAUGCGAUGAAAACUAGAGCAGCCAGGCUUGAAUCUUUAGAGAAUGACAAGGCUGAACUAGAGGGUUUGGAUGGGUCAACGUUAACUGACCCACUGAAGGUAUUGAAGAAGAACAUGCUGUCAUUACACGCACACGUGGAAAGCAAGUUAGACUUCAUGCAGAGCACUCUAGACCAGAUCCUGGAUGCUUUGACAAGGCUAGGAUUCCGGCCACCAGCACAAUCGCCGUUGCCGUUAUCGGCGAUGUCAGGCCCCUUUCCGGUUCAAGCUGGCACACAACCAAGUGGAUUGAGUGUUUCCAUGGAUUUCAUGGACACCCUUGUAACCAGCAAGAGUGGUAAGAGGCACAUCUUCGUCAUCAUUGACCGAUUCACCAAGUACGCUAGACUAAUUCCAAUGCCAGAGACAGCCAGGACAGAAUACGUCAUAAAGUUGUUCAAGGACAACUGGGUAAGGGACUUUGGUUUACCAAAGACCAUCAUUAGUGACCGAGACGUCCGAUUCACAAGUGAGCUGUGGAAGAAGACUGCGGAACAGAUGGGCAGUCAACUUCAGAUGACUUCUGGGAAUCAUCCCGAAGCCAACAGACAGACCGAACAAAUGAAUAGAGUUGUACAACACUUGCUGAGGCAUUACAUCAAGCCCAGCCAGGAUGACUGGGAUGAGCAGUUACCUCUCAUCGCCAGCCUGUACAACAAUGUUAUACAUAGUAGUAUCGGCGUUAGUCCUAACCAGCUGCACUUAGGAUGGAAGCCUAGAUCAGCAUUAGACUUCCUCCUACCUGAAAACCGACCCGCUGCAACUCCAGGCACACUUGAAUAUGGUGUGCAAUAUGAGAAGUUGUUGCAAGAUGUUGUUGAACAUAUGAAGAAAGCUCAGCAAGCCAUGAUUGCUUCUGAGAAUCAACAUCGCAGACAGUCUACAUUUCAGGUAGGGGAACGUGUCUGGGUCAAGGCUAGUGAGUUAGGACAGGAGUUCGGAAUAUCUCGUAAACUAAUGCCUCAAUACUUUGGUCCCUGGGAAGUCUUGGAUGUAGUGGGAGAUGAGUCGGAUGGUCCCACCUAUGUCAUUCGUGUCCCUGGACACCUACGCACUCACCAAGUCUUUCAUGCCUCAAAGCUUGCACCUUUCGCUGAGACUGAUCAAUUCCCUUCCAGGAGAUCGAUGCUGCCCCCAACCAUGGAUGGACAAGUUGACAUCGACGACAUUGUGGAUCACAGGGAUAUGCCUGUUCCGAAGCCGCUAGGUCGAGGAAGACCUCCUAAGCCCAAGAGGGAGUACCAGAUCAGAUUCAGGCAUCAUACGGAUCCUAAAGAAGAUCGGUGGUUUACCCUGGAGGAACUGAUGGAAACAGCUCCUCAGGUCGUGGCAGAUUAUGAACGGAAGCUAAAAGGGAAGGCACCUGCGAAGUAAGCAUCUCAGCGGACUUUCGAAGCUAAGGGGGAUGGAAUGUGAGGAUUGAGCCCUCAAGUAGGGGCCUUGCCAUGAUGUACAUGUUCUGGGCUAAGGCCCCAGCAAGCCUAGUGCCCGCCCUAAGUGAAGGCGGGCCAGCAAAUCAACAAGAGCCCUCUCG